CCCCCCGGCAGGCCUCGUGGACUCUGCGGACCGGGAGUUUUGCUCCUGGGUAGAGGUUUCCGCUGCGGGGUCAGAGAUUCUAACCUAAGGUCGGUUCUUUUCCCGGUCGGCUCUAAGCGCUAUGGCUCCCCGUGGGAGGAAGCGGAAGGCCGAGGCCUCGGUGGUCGCGACGGCGGAGAAGCGAGAGAAGGAGGCGAACGGUGUGGAGGGAGUGGAUGAGGCGACCGUCGUGAUUGAGCAUUGCACGAGCUGACGCGUUUAUGGGCGCAACGCUGCGGCCCUGAGCCAGGCGCUGCGCCUGGAGGCCCCGGAACUUCCAGUUAAAGUGAACCCUGCCAAGCCCCGUAGAGGCAGCUUCGAGGUGACAUUGCUGCGCCCGGACGGCAGCAGUACGGAGCUCUGGACUGGGAUUAAGAAGGGGCCUCCGCGCAAACUCAAAUUCCCUGAGCCUCAAGAAGUGGUGGAAGAGUUGAAGAAGUACCUUUCGUAGGAAGUUCUGGGCAGAAGUCCUUAUGCUGAGGUUUGAAAUAGCUUUCUGUGCUGGUGAUGUUGGAGCAUGUAUGACGGGACAUGGCCAAACUUAAGUCAUGUGCCUGAAGCUACAGUUUCUUCCCCUCCAGAAAUGAUGGUUCAGUUUUGAGGCAACCCUCUAGUAAGGCAUUGCAAAAGUUACUGGAUUUGGUUUAAUAAAAGUCGAAAUAAAGCA